AUGGCCAGCACAAGCGCAGAUACACAGCCAGUCGAGGAUCAAGACGAGCUCGAGAUCUCUCAAGACGAGAUGAAGGACAUCGAUCCUAGCAAUAUCAUCGAUUCUGGCUCUCGUCGUACUCGUGGUGCUCGUCUUGACUAUGCUAAGCUCGCAAAAGAGCAACCAGGCGAGGACGGUGAGGAGGACGAUGAAGAUGAUGCGCCCGUCGUGACGGAAGAAUCGACCAACGAGGAUGACGAAGAGGAUGAGGAUGCCGAUGAGUCGGUCGAGCAAGCUGAGGAAGAGUGA